AUGGCCGUCUCUAUGCUGCAUGCUCCCUCGCGCGCCUCGACGUCGUCCUCGUCGUCGUUUGUCCCCGUCUCGCGCCAGAACACAAUGUCGUCGCACGAUGGCUCGCGCUCGGUGCGCCAGUCGAAGCGCUACUCCGUCACAGCCCUGUACCUGUCCAUGUCCGCCAAAGACAAGGAGCUCGAGAUUGAAGAUGACCUGGCCCGAGCCCAGAAGAUACUCCGCGAACUCAAGGCCAAGAUCUCGUCGCAGUCCAAGAAGAACUUCGUCCUGGAAAAGGAUGUGCGCUAUCUCGACUCGCGGAUAGCCCUGCUGAUCCAGAACCGCAUGGCAUUGGAAGAGCAGAAUGAAGUCGCCGACCACCUGGGAGACGGCCUCGAACUCCAGGAAGGCUUCUUUCCCAACGACGAGAAGACGCAGAAGUACGGCAACCUGCUCUUCCUCCUCCAAUCCGAGCCACGCCAUAUUGCCCAUCUGUGUCGACUCGUCUCCAUGGCCGAGAUUGAUGCCCUACUGCAGACUGUCAUGUUCACAAUCUACGGAAACCAGUAUGAGAGCCGCGAAGAGCACUUGCUCUUGACCAUGUUCCAGUCUGUACUCACGUAUCAAUUCGACAACACCCCAGACUACAGCUCGCUCCUGCGUGCCAACACACCCGUCUCGCGCAUGAUGACCACAUACACCCGCCGAGGACCCGGUCAGAGCUACCUCAAGGUCGUCUUGCAGGACAGCAUCAACUCGCUCAUUGAGCUGAAGGACCUCGAUCUUGAGAUUAACCCGCUCAAGGUAUACGAGAAGAUGGUCACUGAGCUUGAGAUCCAAGGAACUCUUCCCGCGAACCUGCCCAAGGGCGUUACCGCAGAGCAGGCUGCCGAGAACGAGACGGUACAGAACAUCAUCACACCGCGAGUCAACAUGCUCAUGGAGAUUGCCAACAACUUCCUCACAACCAUCAUCAAAGGCCUCGAGGAGACGCCAUACGGCAUCCGAUAG